UUAACUUAUAACUAGUAGUAGUUAUUGCUCCCGCAUCCGGUGCUGCUUGUUAAAUACCAUACCACUAGUUAACUUAUUAUACUCCGGGCUGUCAGCCACAUUAUUGCCAUGUCAACUCGCUGCUGCUAGUUAAUCCUUGGGUUUACAAUUGAAUUUUUGCCUUUGAAUUCUUACCGUGAAGUUAGUUAAAUACCAUACCCCUCCCUCCCUCCGGCACCAAAUCCCCCUCGGCGGCUGAGUUGCUUCCAUGACCCCUCUUCGACGCUUGUCCUCCAAAGGUUCAAGCAACACCAUUGUCCGCUUCUCUUCUACCAGCCGUCUUCUUCAACUUCGACAUCAAUUCCCCAUUUCACAGAAAUACAGUAGAUUUGCAUCUUCUACCAGUUCUGCUGCGGUUGCGACGCGAUUGAAACCGACAACAGAAGUAUACAACGAGACCCCCCCAUCUAUCAUGGACGUGACGGCUAAGCAGCAGUAUCUCGCCGACUCCCCGCCCACCGUGGUCAGGCUAGAGAUCAAACCUCAUUUCGAGGCGCUAGACGACAAGCAGAAACGAUAUGCUCAUUUCAUCAGUAGAGCUGCCUUCCAAGGAACUCGGAUCACGCUACGCCAAGUCUCCCCGGAGUCCGAACCCAUCUACGAUCUGAUCAUCUCCCUCUACCGUGCUUGCAAUGGCGAUUGGAACUCCCUGGCCCAGAAGACCGGUGUGAGCGCAGAAAAUCUACGCUUCUUCCUGGAAUACGCGACCCAGUUCUUAGGCAAUUGCGGAUCGUACAAGGGAUUCGGAGAUUCCAAAUUUAUUCCUAGAAUACCUGCUGACGCCCUGGAAGCGCUCGCCUCCGUUACUCCAGAAACAAAAGCAGCAUGGGAGAAAGCGACAAAGUCUGGUGGAGGGAUAUAUGAGACCGCCACUACCGAUCUGAUGCAUCUCGGUUAUCCAGAAAACGGACACAUGUCGACCUAUUACCCCGACUCCCCAAACAUCACGACCGAAGAGAUCUCUCUGAUAGCUUCCUUUUUGGAAGAUAAAAAGUUAUUACCGGAGAACACAAGGUUGCGCAAAACCCAGUCUGGAGACUUCGAGUUGCUGAUUGCAUCUGCAGAAAAGUCACCGGCAGGCAGCGAUCGAGAUGUUGGUGAUGUUCAUAAGUGGGAACUCGAAGGCAAAUUGCAAGGCAAAACUCUUCACCUUGUCUUUGGUGACCAUUCUGAGGAGAUGGCGAAAAUUGCAGAGAGUGUCAAGCAGGCUGGGUUGAAUGCUGCAAAUGACAUACAGAAGAGAAUGCAUCAGCAAUACGUGAAGUCCUUCACUACCGGAUCCCUGGAAGCAUUCAAGGAAAGUCAGAGGGAAUGGAUUAAGGAUGUGGGACCAGUGGUCGAGUCAGAUCUUGGAUUUGUGGAAACAUAUAGAGACCCUCAUGGUGUCCGUGGAGAAUGGGAGGGUUUUGCUGCGAUGGUCAAUCAAGAGCGGACUAAGGCGUUCGGGAAACUUGUUGAGAAUGCGGAGUCCAUGAUCCCAAAACUUCCUUGGGGCAAAGACUUCGAAAAGGAUAAAUUCUUGUCGCCUGAUUUUACUUCAUUAGAAGUUCUCUCCUUCGCGGGUAGCGGAAUACCUGCUGGCAUCAACAUCCCGAACUACGAUGAUAUCAGACAAAACCUUGGGUACAAGAAUGUGUCCCUAGGCAACGUUUUAAGUGCCAAAGCGCCCAAUGAGCCGGUACCCUUUAUAAGGGAGCAGGAUCUUCAGUUAUUCCGAGACUACCGGGAUCCCGCGUUUGAGGUCCAGGUCGGAAUUCAUGAAUUACUGGGCCAUGGAACCGGCAAAUUACUUCAAGAGACAGCUCCUGGCGAGUAUAACUUCGAUAUCUCCAACCCACCAAUCAGCCCUAUAACACAAAAACCCAUAACGACCUGGUACAAACCAGGACAAACCUGGAGCUCAGUCUUUGGGGCUAUCGCCUCAUCGUACGAAGAAUGCCGCGCCGAAUGUGUGGCUAUGGUUCUUGGCUGUGACUUCAAAAUAUUAGAGCUGUUUGGCUUUGGCAACGGAGAGGAAGAUAUAAACGGUGAGGCUGGGAAUGUUCUAUAUGCCAGCUACCUACAGAUGGCCAGAGCUGGUGUAGUGGCGCUUGAAUUCUGGGACCCCAAGAGCUCGAAGUGGGGACAAGCUCACAUGCAGGCACGAUACAGCAUUUUGCGCACCUUCCUCGAUGCUGGUGGUGAUUUUGUGAAAUUGGUGCAUACCAAGGAUGACCUUUCCGAUCUUGAGAUUCACCUUGACAGGUCCAAGAUCUUGAGCCAUGGUCGACCAGCAGUAGCGAAGUAUCUACAAAAACUCCACAUUUACAAAUCAACGGCAGAUGUCGAAGCCGGAAAAGCGCUGUACGACGAGAUUACGAAUGUUGAUGAGUGGUGGGGAUCACAAGUGCGACCGGUUGUUCUGCAGAAGAAGAUCCCGCGCAAAGUGUUUGUGCAAGCCAAUACUGUCCUAGAGGGCGAU